AUGAACAGACCUACAAGUAUGGAACUCGAGUACAGCGUCUCCCCCGGAACUCGGACAUGCAUGCGACACCUCCCGUUGAUAUUCCCGCAUACCGAUCGCGGCGCCGGUUUUGUCGAAAUCAGGAAAAUCGACGGCAAGUGGGAGUUCCGUGCUGUUGAAUGCAGCCCGGAUGCCGUUCGCUACUUCUGGCGACGCACCGACGAGAUUGCCACUGUGAGGGCCGAGCUCAUUCGGAGGUACCAUGCGGAUAAUGCUGCAUUCCAAGCUGGUAUUUUCGAGACGCUUCGGGCCGGAGCCUGCGUCUACACGGACGCAUACGACGCUGCCCAAACUCUCGCUUUCACCCUCAACCGCGUUGCUGAGGGUAGCAUCGACGUGACCGACAAAAAGCGCGCCGAGGAUAAGGGGCGCUUGGAGUUCGGCAACAUCUGGCUGAAGCCUGAUGUGUAUACCCACGUAGUACAUUCUGAAAAUCUUUCCUCACAUAAAUCCCGCAUCUGCACGUCUUGUCCACAACAAAUAGAAAGUCUCGCAAGCAAGUACCCCAUUAGCCGCGACAUGCUAGAUUCGCCCUCUAUUCAUCUACAACCUUCAAAUAUAAUAACCAUGGGACGCCCGCGUCUGUAUCAUACAGAAGAAGAGCGCACUGCUGCAAAAAGGCGGGCCAAGCAGGACUAUUACUUAAAGAAUAAGGAGAAAAUCAAUGAAAAGCUUCGUCAUAAAUAUGCAGCUUCAGCCCAUAUGAAAUCGCGCUCGCGGGCGUCGACCAACGACCACUCCAUCCCUCCAGUUGAGCCGCCAACUUUGGGCGCAACGGUGCCUGUGCCAAUAGCCGCCAUCUCGCCGCGUACUUCGGGGAGCUCGGCACAGGUAAUGGGCCGAACCACCCGAACACGUGCCACCUCUCCACAAGGCGGUCGUGAUGCGGCUUACCGUCCACACCUGUUGGACAUAUCAAGGAUCUCAGAUCGCUCUUUGGGUAGGGGCCUGUACAGCCAAAUAUUGCAGAUUGACGCCGAUUUGGUACAGUGCACCGGUGGCUCGUUUUCCGAUUUUUUCGAACGGAUCGUCCACAUGUCACGCCCAGAUCGCGCCAUCGAGUUCUGCGAAGAGAAAAUUCUAGAAAUCGAUCAAAUCCUGACAAAAAUGACAACAAUCGAGGCUGAGGUUCUUCAGCAUCGGGGGGUAGACUCAACACUGGAUAGAGUGCGUGAAGUCACUGCUGUGCUUUGGGCGGUGACACGUGCGACUGAGGAGGUUUAUUCAUAUGUUUUGGAGGGUAACUUCAUAGAACUGCGAGAGUUAUUCUCGGCUGAUGAUUCUAUCCUUGGGUUUGGGUUCAACCUUAGCUCACAAUUCCUCAUGUCUCGAAUGGGAGGAAAACCCUGGCAUCGAACGGCCGAACAAGAAGCUUUCAUCAACAAACACAAGGACGCGUUCAUCGCGUGCAUCCCCUCUGGCGUCUAUGACACAGUCUGGUGCCGCGUGUUUCCCGGCUGGGAGCAUGAGUGGCCCGAGCGGAAGCGGCUGUUCCCUGACGUUGUCAAGCUGGACAAGGAGCAGGAGGACAAGGUCAAGAAGGCAAUCAAGAAGCGUCGAAAGCAAAUUAAGUCGCUUAUGCGCAGGCGUUUUGGCGACACUCCUACGCGCGCUGCCUCCACGGGAGCCAAGUUCAUGUACAGCGUCUUCAAGCGCCAUACACGUAGCCUCCGCGCUCUCGAGAUCUACAGCACCAACUAUUACGAGGAGCGUGCUAAAGAGAAGAUUAGCCUCCUCUUCGAGACGGAGUACGGCGGCAAGCCAGGGGAAAUCCCAGACUUCGUCCUUCGUAACAAGCUCACUGCCAAGGUUUUCGAUCAAGAAACCGACGACAUCAAAGAGGAGGUCGCUCGCCUUGUUGAGGAGGAUAAGAACGAUCAUUCGUCAUCUACUCCCGAGCCUGGAUCCAUCGUUCAAAGGAGCAUGGACGAUAUGACCUAUGCAAUGUCUACUAUUGCGAAGGCGUUCUGCGCUGCCACAGGUGGUGGCCCAGACCCGGAUCGACCUGGCGAGAUCAAGACGUUCAGCUUCUCCUUUGGCGAGGCUGAUGUCAAACGGUCGUUCAUGAGGGUCCUCCCCGGAUUCUACGCGGAUUUUGUGGUCCCUUACAUCGCUCAUAUCACUCACGAAAUCAAGGAGAGAGACGCUCGUCCGACCGCUCAACAGGACGAAGAGGGCGAUUCCUCCUCGCCUGAGGUCAGCUCGUCUGGUUCGCUUACCCCCGAGGACGGCACGCCUUCCUCAUCAGCCUCACAGGACGACUCUUGUCGCGCAGAUGACGACGCACUUCCAUCUUCGUUGAGCCCGGAAAAGACAGCCGAUCCCAAGGAGGACGCAGUCGCCAUGUCCACUGAUGAGCAAUCGCCCCCAGAGGUUGCUGAGUCAUCGACACUUAACAGCGCCACUCCUCCGGCACCCGUCCAGCCCCAGCUCCCGUCUCCUGCACCUGUCCCACAGCCUCAGCUUUCGCCUCCUGCACCCGUCCCUCGACCCCAGCUCCCGUCUCCUGCGCCUGUCCCACAGCCUCAGCUCUCGCCUCUUGUACCCGUCCCUCAGCGCCAGCUCCCGUCUCCUGCACCUAUCCCACAGCCCCAACUCUCGCCUCCUGCUCUCAUCUCUCAGUCCCAGAUUAUCCCAGUCUCCGAAACCCGACUCACCUCACCCGUGCCUACACCCCAACCUAUGGCAGGCAACGUCGAUGGCUCUGGCAUAGGUCGCUCGUCUCCUAUGACAAAUCAGGUGACCAUUACGGUGGAGCCCUCAUUUUUCGACUACAAACAGAUCACGGACCUGCCAAGGAACGUUGUUUACCCGGAAGCGGUCUCGGAUUCGUCGUCUUCUGGUCCAAGCUCUCCUAGUGGUAGCUCCGAGUCUUCUCAGCAGCAGCAGGAGUGGUCUUCUGGCGGAAUGUAUCCGGUCCACCAAAACGGCGGUUAUCAAUUCCAGCAGAACGGCUACCCGGUGCAGCAGAACAUUGGCUAUCCGGCGCAGCAGAACAUUGGCUAUUGGAUGCAGCAGAACGUCGGCUAUCCGAUGCAGCACAACGCCAACUACUUGAUCCAACCCCAACAUAUCGCCGAGUCAGCCGCUGACCAUUCAUCGGUACCCUUGUUCCUUCCAGACGACCAGGAUACCGUCCACGGCGCCAAUUUCGAGCUGUUCGACGCGUUCCUCCAGAGUACUGGAGUGGUGACAGGCGUCUCGGAAUUUACGGCUACAGAGAACGAAAUACAGCCAUCUGGCUAUGCGUCGGAGCACCUGCCCGCCUACUCAAUUGGAUCGGCCACUCAGCAGCCGAAUCAGGCAAGCGCCCUGUCAGAUGGCGCAGCCACCUGGCAGGCACCGCAAGAUGCGGCCCCCCGACCCGACACCUCGGAGCCAGCGGCGCCAACAGAGGGUGCCACACAUCCGCAGUCGACGGACGGCAGCGCACGCAGGGGGGGCCGGAGCCGCAAGCCUGCAACAUGGCAGGCUCAGGCAAACAAGAUCGGCGGCGGGUCAUCAAAGAAGCGAAAAGCUGAUGACAGCGAGGGGAAUGGCCGCGUCAAGCGGUCAAAAGUAGCUACGAGCAACGAUGCCAUGUCAAGUGCUGUCAGAGGGCUGCGACAAUGUGGGCAAGAAACGCAGUUCCACGCGUUGUCGAAAUAUGAGGGUCCUUUCCCCCACCGCAAAAUGUAUCUGCCAAGUCCGAAAGCGUCCGCCGAGUCCGACCUCAACCUGUAG